ACAAAAAAUUUUUAUGUGGGAACUGGAUUAUAAUAGCCUCACAAAGCCGUGGAAUUGAAACCUUCAAAGCUCCUGGAAUUUACCAAAACACAGAAAAAUAUAUACAUUCCAUGGCCUUAAAUUUCAGUGCUUUUUCUCCCUCAACUCCUCACUUUCUAAUAAUCCCACAGCACAAGCUUUACUCUUCUUGUAGAAGAAUAUUUGCUAAACCAGAAGGUGCUGAAAGUGGAGUAACCGAGCAAGAACUUCCUUCUUCUUUUUCUGGGUCGUUGUCCUCCACUCGCUCGCAGCUAGAUCUCUUGGAUCAGCUCACAUCCACCACCCCAUCAUCAGCUGAUACUGCUGGGUACGAAAGUGAUGGUAGCUCCAGGAAACUUACUAUUCGAGAGCAGCUUGUGCAAUUGGUAGGAGAAAGAGAUGAGGAUGAAGAUUUCAGCAUUCCACUGGGGAAAAAUCUGAAGAAGGUGAGUUCAAAGUUCUUAACUAUUUCACAGAAGAGAAACAUUAGAAGACAAGCUUACUUGGAUGAAGUAUCUCAGAGGAAUGACUCUGUUUUCUUUGCAACCAUUGGGGCUUUCGUAAUCCUCCCGCCUAUUAUAAUCUUAGGAAUUGCAAUCUUAACUGGUUAUGUGCAGCUUUUUCCAUGAUGUGUACAUAUGCAUAGAAAUUGUUCCAGAGAAAAGCUACUCAUUGCUCCAAUCAGGUGUAGUUGCUGCUUGCUAGUAUACUUGUGAGUGUAUCGAGAUGAUAGAUACCUCCUGAUAUUAUCAAGAUGAUAGAUGCCUCCUGA